AUUACUUUCUAUUUGUUGUAAAUAUUUAUUUAAAAAAAUGUCCAUAGUCCAUAAUGAGGCAUUAAAGUGUAAGCAAGGCUCCGUGCAUGUUGGUUAACGCAAAUAAAAUCACAUUUGUGUAUUUUCUACAUGUAAAGUGCGCGCACAAGGACGGUCCCGAGCUGUCGUCGACAUCGUCAUUUCGCUUUAAUUUCCCAGUGCCAAAAAAAAAGUCAAAAAGAGCUGCUACUGCUGCCUGCAAGUGGUGUUGCGCGCGAAAUAAAAGGCAAUAUCUGGUUCAAGAACCAUUUAGCAAUUAAAUCUGCAAAACGAUGACGAAAGCGACUAUGAAAAUACAGCAGCUAUAAAAUCCAUUUUAUUUAUGUAUGGGAACGGAAAUACUCACACAAAGCUCGGACAAAGCACAAACUGCAAGAUUAAAAAAAUACAUGCCAAACAAAUACACCUAACGCAACUUCGCCGCCAAAGCUCACAGCCGAACAGAACGAACACAAAAUGAGUUGGUUACGUACAAGUCCAUUGCGUCAGAGUCUUACCCGCAAUAGUGGCAGCUCUGGCAGCGGCAACUCUAGCGCUACAACAACCCUGCGUCAACGGCCCAUAGACGCAGCUACAGACUGUGAUCCGCGCGCUUGCUAUGAUAGCUUCUGCAAGCACUGGCAGCAGGCGCAUGAAAUAAUUCAGCAUCCGGGUCCGCCCACGCAUGAUGAUGUGCUGGGCGUGGUCUCGCAUUUGGAUUACAUGGUAACGCUACUGUUAGUCGAGCUGCACCAUUGCAAUAAGGUGUCGCUGCCCACUGCUGACUCUGCGCCACCGGCGGCGCCCUGCUUGGAGUAUCUGCUCAGCGAGAAUCUGCUGGACAAGCUGUACGAGUGGGCCAGCACAACCGGUCGCUAUGCGAACGCCGUGCGUCUGGAGCAGCUGAAGCUAUAUGAGCUGCUCGUGAGUCACUCGCGGCAUCAGCUGCUGUGUCACGAGCCAUUUCUGCGGCCGCUACUCAAGAUUCUCGCCUCUAGCCAAGGUGAGAUCUUUCCGCCCGAUCUGGAGAAACGAUUGGUGAUCCUGCUCAAUCAGCUGUGCGUAGUGCUCAUGCAGAAUGUCCAUCUGCUCGAUCUAUUCUUCUUCUCGGCACAAACUCAGGUGCAGGAGCAAAUACAAAACGGAAGCUUAGCUGCGCCCAAAAGUGGCACCACAACCAAUUUCAUCAUCUUCUCGCUGCUUAUACCGUACGUACAUCGGGAAGGCAGCUUGGGUCAUCAGGCGCGCGAUGCGCUGCUGCUGUGUAUGGCGCUAUCGCAGAAGAAUUCCAAUAUCGGCCACUAUAUAGCACAAUACUCGUCCAUUUGUCCACUGCUGGUCACCGGCCUGGGUGGGCUCUACUCCCGCCUGCCGAAUAGCAUCGAGAUCAGUUCCAUUGACUGGCAUCGCAUCACGCCCGACGAUGUCACCGAAAUACCGGAACUAACACUCUUCAUGAAUGCGCUCGAGUUUUGCAAUGCGGUCGUACAAGUGGCGCACGAGAUGAUUAAACAGCAGCUGCUGGACUUUAUGUACCAAGGAUUUAUUGUGCCGGUGCUGGGGCCGGCCAUACUGCAGACGAAUAUCGACUCACAAAUUUCGGCCAUGUCUUAUCUGGAUCUGAUAUUGCGCUCCAUAACUGAGCCUGGUCUUAUGCGUGCCUUUGUCAAGUUUUUGCUGGAUACGGAGAAGUUUGACGGUGAACGGAUUUUAGAUGCUCUCGUAGAGCGUCUCCAUUCGCCGGAUGCCAACCUGUGCAUGGUGACAAUGGCUCUGUUUGAUACGCUGCUGGGCUUACACUGCGAGGAUCUGAUGUUGGAGCUCUUGCUGAAGUAUUUGUUGCCUGGGAAGCAUGUGCCCAUAUCGCAUCGCCACAAGAUCAACAAGAUCGAUCCAUAUCUGAACACAACCGAGUUCUUUUUGGAUCUCACACCAGACGUGAUGAAGCGCGCCCGUGACCUGGCGCGGCCCAAGAGCAUACAGGACCAUGUGGACCCUGCAGCGGCAACGGCCCCAUUAGCCGUCAUGCUGCCCAGUCUGCCCUCUCCGGUCAUGAGCAAGACGAUUGGCGCCAACUGGAACUACUACGGCCACUACACGGGAGACAGUCUGUAUGCCAAUGUUCAGGCCUAUCUAUUUGAGGCUCAUUCACGCAUCGCCCAAUGCCAGCGCGACUGUGCCAAGUGGGCGAAUAGCUAUCGCUAUCAAAAAUGGCCCCGACAGGGCCAGGCACGUGCUAAUGCACAUGCCCUUGAGCUGGCCAAGCAGUUUUUCAGUGAAUUUGCCUCAGCAGCUCCGAUGGCAGCAACAGGGGUCAGCGAAUUGGGCGAGAAACAGCUAGAUAGCUUGCAAUCAAUAGGCGAAUCCAGCGGCUAUGAAUCGUUCAAGUGGCGACCUGCCGAUGAGGAUGCUGAAGGCAUAGACGUGACCACAACAACAGCUACAAGUGACACGGAUCUAGAGCAUAACAACAGCAGCAGCAUCAGCAGUGGACGACGCGAUUCCUGGCGCAUCUCGCACAGCACUCGCAACGAGCUGUUACUCACCGAUUUGGAUUUUUCGGAGGAUUUGUUUGCGCAGGGGACCGUAAGCUUAGGUCCUUUUCUGAAUGCCAUUUGGAGCAAACUGCAAACCUUUACGAGCAACUCGUUGUACGUCAAUCUGCAUUUAACCGGGUUAAUCACGCGACUCGCCUGGUAUCCAUUGCCGCUCAUCCAUUCGUUGUUGCUGCGCUCCGACAUUGCCAUCACCUCGGACACGCCAUCGUUCCAUCAGGUGCUGCGCAUGCUCAAGCAGCAAAUUGAUGCAGAGCUGCCGGUAGCUGAGAACUCACUGGAGAUCAUCGAUGUGGCGCGCUCGUAUCUGAUUGAUCGCGAGUUCCGUUUGGUCAAUGCGCGCAAGAUUACCGACAACGCACCAAUGCACCAGCAGCAUCAGCAACAGCAGCUGCAAUACACAACAAAUCCCACACAGCAACAACAGGCGCAGCAGCGUUCCACCUAUGCGACGCUUUCGGCGGCAACACCUGUGCAGGCCUCGCCCACCAGCGCCUACGAUCCCUUUCGACGCAGCGAUAACAAGCGUCGCAGCAUUAGCAAGUCAAUAUCCAGCAUGUUUAGCCGAAGAUCCACAUCAUCCACUGCGGCAACAAAUACGAAUACGGCUUCAUCUGGCUUAUCACAAAUUUACGCAUUCUUCACCGGCGCAGCAUCCACGCUGGUGGGUGGCAAUAACGGAGAGGUAAGUGGACGCGGCGCCGCACAAGAGCAAUCGAGAGGCAACACCUGUGAGACGAGUCUGAGCACCGCGCCACGUCAAGAGGCACAAACGGUGAGCAGCAGCAACAGCUCAAUUGGUGGCUCCACGCAAACAUUAUCAGCGACACAGUCGUCGAGCACAUUGCACGGCGUGGAGAGUGGCUUACAAACGGGCAGCUUUAACUCGGAGCCAGUGUCCCUGGAUUCGGUGGCCUCCAUGGGUAUUAUAGCCAACACCAGCGGCACAGAGCGAUCACGUGAUUUGGCCCUGUGUGCCGUACUGCUGGACGAAUGGCUAAAGGAGCUGGCCGCAAUUGCGCUGGAGCAGAGCGUUGUGCUGGUCACGGAGCAAUUGCUUUGACAACGGACAGGCAGUUAUGCAAUACACAAUGGUUAUCUGAUUUGUUGGCGUUUAUUUAUUUAACCAGUUCAAUUAUUUUUAAAUUAAACCUAUUAUUUGCUGUUAAAUUAUCAAUAUUGUGUUAGUGUAUAUGUGUAUUUUAACCAAUUCGUACGAACAAAGUCGCACUUUUGAACAGAUUUAUCGCAAAACAAAACAAAACACUCGUUACUCUAUUUAGUAUAUAAGGUUAAAGUUGUAAACAAAAAUCGUUGCUAGCUGACAAACAGACAAUUUUUAAGUGUUCAAAUGUAAAAAAUUA